AUGACGGCACAAGAGUGCGAGGUCGCGGAGCCCAAUGAUGUCGUCAAUUCUUCACCUGUGAGUGAAAAAGAAAAAAAUCCGUUUGUAUAUGAGACGCCUGGCUUUUUCGCCGACGACUCGAGGGUGCCGAAGUGGAUUCAAGGCCUCGCGACCGAUCUCUUCGGCUUUGUGACCAUCCACUACAAUUUCUGGCCCCUGCCCUUCCUCGUGCUCUUUUACUACCUUUAUACAAUCGGAUAUGGUUACAUCCCCGUGGCACUUGUUGCACUCUACCUGCCAUCGUUUCUCAGCGGUGCACAAAAAACUGCCACGGGGAAUCCCUGGCCAUCAUUCCGUUCCCAUCACAUCUGGGGACUCAGCGCCAAAUUUCUGGGCACGAAAGUCAUCAGGGAGCAAGCGCUUGAUCCCAGCAAAAAAUACAUCUUUGGCUACCACCCUCACGGUAUCAUUGUGCUUUCGCGUGUUUCCACGUACGGUGGUAACUGGGAAAAAGUAUUUCCGGGCAUUCCAACUCGGGUUUUGGGCGCAUCAACCAUGUUUUACGUUCCAUUGGGUCGUGAAAUGUGCUUGUGGCUUGGCGGCGUCAAUGCCUCGCGCUCUACAGCUGACAAGGUCUUAAACGGCGGCAUCAGCGUUGCCGUAUACCCCGGAGGCGUACCUGAAAUCUUUAAAACUGACCCCAAGUCCAAGGUGAACGAACUCGUGUUAAAGAAACGACUUGGAUUUGUUAAACUAGCCAUGCGCCACGGCGCAGAAUUGGUGCCAAGCUUUGUUUUCGGGGAGAAAUGGCUUUACAACAUGUGGAAUCCUCCUCAAGGUGUCAUUGACUUUUUUCGCAAAACGCUCAAGAUUCCCAUGAUAAUAUUCUGGGGUAGGUUCAUGUGGAUACCUAAACAACCACCAAAAGGAAAGCGCUUUGGUGUCGUUUAUGGUAAGCCUAUUCCGACCAAGUUGACAGACAAUCCUUCCGAGGACGAGAUCGGCGCGGUGCACACGCUGUAUGUUGCUGAAAUCGAGCGAAUCUUUGCACAGUAUAAGAAAGAAUUUGGUUACGACGACGACGAAGUUUUGGUUAUUAACUAA